UUUGUUUUUAAUUGUUUUUUAUUAGUUUCUCAACGUAAUAUUAACAAUAUCAAUAUUAGGAGUUGUUUGUAAGCCUAAAAAUCACCCAAUAUUUCAAUAUUAUAUCCAAAACAUCUAGAAACUCAGUGUUUGACGUUCCUUUUUAAAAAAUAUUGAAACAUUAAACCCUUACUGCCUUUAUCUAUUAUUUUUUUACGUCCUUGCUUUUGGGGAAUCACCGAAAUUUAGCAGGACGCUCGUAUUCGUUGGCGCUGAGAAAACCGGGGAAUUACCGAUUAGCUUUUGCAGGUGUUCUGUUUCUGUUGUUAUUUUGUGAUUUACUUGCCUUGUGCCGGAAAUAUUUGUGUUUAGUGCUUAUUUAAAUAACUAUAUAUAUAAUAAUAUUUAGUGCUAAAUUUAACAAGUCUGAAAUCGUUUACUGCCGAGGCUGUUGCCCUUACAAAGGCCAUCCGACAAAGCCACAUAUUAUCUGCGUGGGUAAAGGAAAAAAAAACGAAUUAAAAAUAAGUUGCAGUCUUAAACUCCCAGUGCCUACCAGAUGGGGAUCAUUAGUUCUUUGUCUACAAUCAUUGCUUGCUAACAAACAAAUAAUAAAAAGGAUGGCUAUCAAUGAAGAAGUUGAAAAGACAGUAAGCAAACACCCAUCUUUAAAAAAAAUGCUCUAAGCGAUAUAUUUUGGGACCGGGUACAAGGAUACAUUAUGCUUCUGGAACCAAUUGCUAACACAAUUACCUCUGUAGAAGGUGACACACCAACGAUUUCAAAAUGUCUGCAUUUAUUUAAAAAAAUGGUUAACACCUCAUUAGAAAAUGUCACUAAAAGUCCAUUGUUAUCCAAAGAGGAAGCAGAUACAAGGGCAAUUUUUGAAAAUCGGAAGAAGUUUGCUAUUUAUAGUGUUCAUUUUGUAGCUAACCUUUUGGAUCCAAAAUAUCGUGGCUGCGAACUUAGCUCAGAUGAGAUGACUGAUGCGACAGAAGUCAUAUACAAGGUAGCACAGAAGAUGCCAGACGUCGAUGAAGCAGCCGUCUUAGCUGACGUUGUCAAUUUUAUUGCAAAAGAAGGACUAUUCAAAAAGGCUUUUCUAUGGAAUGAGGACACAAUUGCAGCUAUCCUAGCUUCACAGUCAAUCCUGCAUUAGAAUCUGAACCGGAACCAAUGAUAAUAUCCAAUUCAGAUCAGUCGGAGUCUGUCUUUGAAAGUGAUGAAGAGGAAGCUUCAGAGUCUGAAGAAAAUGCAGAUAGCGACGGGACGGAUCAGUGUUAAUUUAAGGGAUUCGGUUAAUUAAUUGAACCUUUUCAAUCAUUAAGACGUUGUUUUUUUUAUUUGAUAAAUUUUUAUUACUUAUUUUUGCUUUGAUUUUGCAAGUUAACGAAUAAACUCUUCUUAUUUUGUUUAUA